AGUCGCAAAACCGUAUGGACGAGAUAAAUGACACUAACGACUAUAUUAUAAUAAUAAUUGUGUAUUGCCUAUGUUUUUCGAUAUUUUACAUCGUGCCGUACUCGAAUGACUGCACGAAAUCUGACUUUUUUUUCGGUUUUAUUAUAUUUCAUUCUCUGUUACUUCGUAAUUGUUCGUUCGAGCUUAUGCGAAUAUUCUUCCGUAUAUUAUAAAUUUACAACGCAUUAACGGUCGACUGCAAUAUGAUUUAAUAAUUGUAUUAAAUAUUUUAGUAAUAUAAUAAACAUAUCAUCUACAACAUAGGUAUUCAUACACCACAUCUCAUUCGCUGCACCGACGAAUCAUGAAACAUUUUCACCAUUAUGCAGUUGUGUUCGUCUUCGUGAUCGCGUGCAACUACAUUGUGCACGGGAUUCACAUAAACGAUAUUGAUCUAAGCAAUUAUCACUGGGAAUCAAUGUCGGACGUAUUAACCUACGACCCGAAGUCGUACCAUAUCGAAGAUCUCGAGGGCGUUAACGACUUAUAUUUAAGGAGAAAACGGGGAUAUUUCUCGAUGAAAAUUCCGUUUAUCGAGUCUGCUGAAGACAGUAAAAAGGAAACGGUCACCGACAGUACGAUCGCGACUUCGGACGCAGACACCGAUACCACGAUCUCUGCUGUCAAUACCAAGAUAGUUGAAACUGCGUCGGAUAUCGGGGCGGCCUACAGGAACUUCUUUAACUCCGCCCAAUCGGAAAUGACGUACGUCUUGACUAUCGGGCCGGAUGUGAAGAGAACUAUGGUGGAGGCCGCUCCGUACAUGCCCCUAGUGUGCAAGGUGGCCAUGUACGUCAUACCUAACUUGUCUCAGCGUGACCUGCUCAUGUUGUCUUUGAAUGUGGCGGCACUCACCACGCAAGGGAUCAAUAACUACUCAAGCGCUGAAUGUCCAACCAAAUCCAAUGUUGGUGCUACUAUUGCUCAUUAUGCGACUGGAAUUUACAACAAGUUGAAAGGUGCCUUUGAAUCACAUUUUGGAGACUCUUCGGAUAAUUCUGCAGUUGAAGAAAAAACUAAAUCAUCGGAAGAAACGCAUAGUAUAUUCGAUACAGUAAAAAAACAUAUAAAUUAUUUUGGUGGUUUUAUGAGUAGCUAUGACGAACCCGAAACUGAAAACAAUGAAGACCAAAUUGAGACGAUAGUAACACAUAUAUAUAAUGAAGAUUCUCAAACUCCUACAACCAAGACAAUCUUAACAAAAGCGUAUGAAAACGGCGUUGAUUUAAUUCAUCAAGCAACAAGUGACGAAGCAGAUCAUGUCCUAUUAUCUAAUCAAAUAUUACAAAUUGGAGAAAAUAAUGUUGAUAAAAUGAUAAAUGAGAUGAAAAAUGAUUACAAUAGCAACUCCUCGUCGAAUGAAAGUGAUGAAUUUGACAUUGACGACGAAAACGACGACGAUAUUGAAACUUACGAUUACGAUGAUGAUAAUGAAAACAUGAUCGAUUACGAUGUCAAAGUAAACGAAGAAGAUUUUAAAGAAAUUAUGCAAGAAUCCAUGUCUUUACAGCCUGACUAUGUACAAACACUUGAUGGCGAAGAGUUGCUGGAAAAAAUUGAUGAAAUUCAAACAACGCUACCAAAUCCACACACCAACAAUGGAAAAAUAUUUGAAGCAUUAAUAGAGGAACUGGACAUUGAUCAACGCUUUGAUUAUAGUCUAGUAAAUGAAUUAAUCGACGAUCUCAACAAAAUUACGAACUUUUUUAUAUCUAGUGGACUUAAAAAAAAUGAAGAAUUAACGACUACACCUACGUCACCAAUGAAUUAAGUGUUGAAAUCAAUUGUAAUUUUCAGUCGCUUUACAUUUUAAAUCAUAUAAAAUACCAUAAAAACUAUAAUAAACAAAUGUUUUAUUUUUAAAA